AUGGCCGCCGACCACAUCGCUCCUUGGAAAACGGCCGCUGAAGGCCAUCUUCGCGCCGAUGCCAAUGGGGACCCCAAAACAGACUAUUCGAGAUGGCGUCUCCGGGAUGACCGAGGUCGCCAAACCUGGCAUUACCUCGAAUCGGAUGAAGAGAAUGAGAAAUGGCCUCAAUCGAUCGCUGAUAAAUACUUCUUGGGUCUUCCUUUGGAUCUUCCUGCAUUGCCAAAGCCAAAGACGCCACUCCAGUGUGCCGAAAAUGGCCUGGAAUUCUUCUCUAAGUUACAACUUCCGCCGGGUAAUUGGGCCUGUGAGUACGGUGGACCGAUGUUUCUACUUCCCGGAAUCAUCAUCACCUACUAUGUGACCAACACCCUGAUUCCCCCGGAGUAUGCAACGGAGAUUAAAAGGUAUCUCUUUGCGCGCCAGGAUCCGGAAGAUGGUGGCUGGGGCCUCCACAUUGAAGGUCAUAGCUCUUGCUUCGGCACCUGUAUGAAUUAUGUCACUCUGCGCCUCAUCGGCACCUGUGAGGACGAUCCUCGAAUGAUUAAGGCCCGCGGCCUACUCCAUAAGUUUGGUGGCGCGCUCUAUGGGCCGCAUUGGUCGAAAUUUUGGCUCAGUAUCCUUGGGGUCAUGGAAUGGGACUGUGUCAAUCCUGUUCCCCCAGAGAUCUGGCUCCUUCCUGACUGGGUUCCAUUCGCACCCUGGCGGUGGUGGAUUCAUAUGCGUCAAGUCUUCUUACCAAUGUCGUACUUGUGGUCCAAGAAAUUCAGCCAUCCUUUAGAUCGGCUUACCAACCAGCUGCGGCAAGAGUUGUACACACAGCCGUAUGACUCUAUUGACUUCAGAAGCCACAGGAACUCCAUUCACCCAGCUGACAAUUAUUACCCUAAGACAUGGCUUCUGAACACAGCCAAUUUCUUCCUUGUAAAUCUCUGGAACCCCUAUCUUCGGUUGCCCGCGAUAGUACGCCGCGCGGAGGACUGGACCUGGGAGCUUAUUCGUAUGGAGGACGAGAACACAGAUUAUGCAGGAUUGGGCCCCGUGAAUAACCCAAUGAAUAUGAUUGCUUGUUAUGUUCACGACGGCCCUGAUAGCUACUCGGUCCGUCGCCACCGAGAGCGCCUCCAUGAUUAUAUGUGGGUGAAGGACGAAGGCAUGCUAUCGAAUGGCACCAACGGCGUCCAAGUAUGGGACACUGCCUUCAUUACUCAGGCUGUCGUCGUUGCCGGCUUUGCAGAUGAUCCCAAGUGGCGCCCGUUGCUCACCAAAGCCUUGGAAUUCCUUGAAGACCACCAACUGCAAGAGAAUGUUCCCGAUCAAGAAAAGUGCUAUCGCCAACACCGCAAAGGUGCGUGGCCAUUCAGCAAUAAGACCCAAGGGUACAACGUGAGCGACUGCACCGCUGAGGGCUUACGAUCAACCAUCCAGCUUCAGGAGAUGCACAACUUCCCGAAACUCAUUUCCGUGCAACGGUUGAAGGAUAGUGUCGAUUGUUUACUAUUAAUGCAGAAUCCUACCGGUGGUUUUUCCGAGUAUGAAAUCACACGCGCGUCCCCCAAGGUGGAAUGGCUUAAUGCUGCCGAGGUGUUUGGUGGCAUCAUGAUUAGUUACGACCACCCCGAGUGCACUACCGCCUCCGUUACGGCUCUUUCUCUGUUCAGCAAGUUUUACCCGGAUUACCGCGCGGACGAGAUCAAGGCGGCAAAAGAAAAGGCGGUUCAAUACAUCAAGCGCGUUCAAAGACCAGAUGGAAGCUGGUAUGGAUCCUGGGGUAUCUGCUUCACAUAUGCUGCCAUGUUUGCUCUGGAGAGUCUAGCGAGCAUUGGUGAGACUUAUGAAACCAGUGACUACUCACGCCGCGGGUGUGAGUUCCUUCUGUCCAAGCAGAUGGAGGAUGGAGGAUGGGGGGAAUCUUACCUUAGCAGCGCGACCCAUGUCUAUACCCACCAUGAAAAGUCCCAGGUCACCCAGACUGCCUGGGCCUGUAUGGCAUUGAUGGAAGCGGGCUAUCCGCACAAAGAACCACUCCAAAGAGCCAUGAAGCUGCUAAUGUCUCGCCAGCAGCCGAAUGGGGAAUGGCUGCAGGAAGCGAUCGAAGGAGUCUUCAACCAAUCUUGCAUGAUUUCGUACCCCAACUACAAGCUCUACUGGCCUAUUCGAGCCUUGGGCCUUUAUAGUCGGAAGUUCGGCAACGAAGAGCUCUUGUGA